CAGCGGGCGGGUGACUGCUAGUUAGUUUGUGCUCGAUAUUAUUGUUAAGGUUGUAUGGUCGAACACUGCGGACUCAGUUCUUUGUAGAUAUAUACCACAACAGUAUAAAUAAUCUUAAAACUAAAAGUGUCGGACUAACACUAGGUUAUUAAGCCUGUCGAUACAAAAUAUCAUAGGUCGUUUUUUUUAUUUCGCAUGAAACGAGACAAAUUGAUUGAGGAAGGCCGGUUUUGUUGGGGUUCGGUUGACAGAGGAUUGUUGUCUGUCAUAAAUCCUGUUCAUAUCUUUGGCAUGGUUUGAACCGUGGAGGUGCAAACCAGGCAAUAACCAGUCACGGAAAGUGACGCAAGACCCCGGCAUAAGAUGAAAAAGGGGUGGAAGCUUCAGAGCAACGGAAAGAACAGUCAUCCUGCAAAACACAGACCCACGAAAGACAUGCAGAAGGAAGGCUGAUACCGUUUAUCCUGUGUAUGCCCACCCCUGGAAACAGGAUGGCUAACACUGUUGCCACGUUAGUCGUGCAGACUGAGCUUCUGCCAUCAGAGCCCCGCACCUCACUCUCGCCUUUCCCUCCCCUGCUGGCAGCAGCUGAUGAGGGAGAUGAGGACGUGGAGAGGGAGAAUGUGCAGCAGCUGGAGAAGGGAGCUAGCCGAGUGGUACUCACAGGUGUGGAGAUCGUCCAGUCUGCCUCUGCGCCGCAGAAUCCUGAGCACCCCUUUCAGUGCCUGGAUUGUGGGAAGAGCUUCAAAUGGUCUUCCAGGUUGGCGCACCAUCAACGCAGCCACAACAAUGAGCGGCCUUACCGCUGCAACCUCUGUCCAAAGGCCUUCAAGGGCUCUUCUGCCCUGCUCUACCACCAGAGAUCACACUCGGGUGAGAAGCCUUACAAGUGUGAAGACUGUGGUAAAGCUUUCAAACGCUCAUCACUUUUACAGGUCCACCGCAAUGUGCAUACUGGUCUGCGGACCUUCCAGUGCCCCUACUGCCCACUCACCUUUAAGUGGAGCUCGCACUACCAGUACCACCUGCGGCAGCACACAGGUGAAUGCCCGUACCCCUGCGACACGUGUCCCAAGGCCUUCAAGAACUCAAGCAGCUUGCGUAGGCACAAGAAUGUGCACCUGGGCCUCAAGCCGUACGUGUGCGCUGUCUGCACCAAGGCCUUCACGCAGUCCACCAACCUGAGGCAGCACAUGCGCAUCCACACGGGCGAGAGGCCCUACAUCUGCAGUGAGUGUGGCCGCUCCUUCACCCACUCGUCCAACCUGGCGCUGCACCGGAUCUCCCAUGUGGAGGGUAAGGGGAGGUCCGGUGGGGGCAAGGCAGCCCCGCCUACAGAGAGUGCAACCUCCGUGGAGGUGGGUGUGGAGGUUGGGAUCACCGACGUCGUCGGACUGGUGGCACAGGAGGCCGCCGUGGGAGUGGGGGUUGGGGAGGUGUUCCUUUCGCAUCAUGCCCCGAGCCAGAACCCGGCGCUCAUGCCCCAGCUGACCCUCACCCCAGGUGAGAACGUCACCGCUGAAGUUGAUGUGACCACUGGGGGCGCUGGCGUGUUGCUCUACAGCUGUGGAGGCUGCAGCCAGACCUUCAGCACGCACACGGAACUGGAGGAGCACCAGGCUCUACACCUGGGAGCCCUGGGGCAGACGGACGAGGGAGGGGGCGGGGCCGGUGAUGAAUCUGGUACCGAGGGAGGGGUGGCGCUGGUGGGGGCGGGGCCUCUGCUGGCGGACUUCGAGGAAGUAGUGGAGACCACAACGAGCUCAGAGAAUAACCACAGUGCGGCCGACAUGCUUGGUUUGCCGGGAGCUGCAGACGGCGGAGUCCAAAGUCAGGCCCAGUUUGACCUCUUGCAGAGCUUCACGGAAGUGCCCCAGCUGCCCCCCGCCACUGCUAUAUCCACCAUAGCGGCUGCUGGGGUAGGGGGCUCUACAGAGUGCACCUACUGUGGGAAGAACUUCAAGACCGUGGGUGGCUUAAAUAGACACUUGAGCCAGGCCCACUCGUCUACGCCAUCGCACCCACAGUCGCAGUCUCGCUCACAGUUCAGCUGCUCCGCUUGCGACCGUUCUUUCUCACUGCUGUCAUCACUGCUGACACACCAGCACUCCCACACACCCGAGCAGAGGCUGCUGGCCGAGGCCGAGGCCGAGAUCGUAUGCCCACCGUCGCUCUCGCUCUCCCUGCCCCUGCCCACCUCGCUGGGGGCCAAGGGCCGAGAGCGGGAGGAGGCAGAGCGUGAGAUCCACGUGAGCCUCAUUGCCGUGACGGAGGAGGGGACGAGGGAGACGGCCAAGCCAGGCCGUGGAGGAAACAAGGGCCAGAAGAAAGGAGGAAGUAACAAGAACCUCAGCGGCAACAGCAGUGAGCGGCCAUACCGCUGCUCCGAGUGUGGGAAGGCUUUCAAAGGUUCGUCUGGCCUGCGCUACCACAUGCGGGAUCAUACCGGAGAGAGGCCAUACCGUUGCACAGAGUGCGGCAAGAGCUUCAAGAGGUCUUCAUUACUGUCCAUCCAUCAGAGGGUCCAUACUGGUGUGCGUGCCUUCCAGUGCCCCUACUGCCCGCUUACCUUCAAGUGGAGUUCGCACUACCAGUACCAUCUGCGGCAGCAUACAGGCGAGCGACCCUAUGUGUGCCAGGAGUGCGGCAAGUCCUUCAAGAACACCAGCUGCUUGCGCAGACACAGCCAGCUGCACUCAGGUGUGCGGCCCCACAUCUGCUCUGUCUGCAGCAAGUCCUUCUCUCAGACAUCCAACCUGAAGCAGCAUGAGCGCACACACUCGGGUGAACGGCCCUUCCAGUGCGGCCAAUGCCACAAGAGCUUCACGCACUCCUCUAACCUGCAGCUGCAUCUGCGCACACACUCUGCACGCAAGGACUUCAAGUGCCAGCUCUGUGGGAAGGAGUUUGUCAUGCAUUCUUAUCUGCAACGACACCUGCGGACGCACACAGGAGGCUCGGGCAGCACCAAGGACGGCUCCAGGGCAUCCAAGGGGUCCUCGACUCUGAACCUCAGUGUGAACACGAACAUGGGGGCCAACGCAAUAUCCUUUCCUGAAGCCCCAGCUAAGUCAACCUUGAUUUUGUCCCCACCAAAUUUAGACAUCCCUCCUAAUACAUCGCAGAACUAUUUUAUGAUUCAGACUCCAACAGGCCUACAACUAAUACCUCUAUCUGCCCCAACACCAGCUCCACCUCCACCACCUCCACCUCAGUCUCAAAACUACCUUCUGUUACAGUGCCAGUCCACUAAUGGUAACCAGCCAAGCUUGAUCCUUGUUCCAACUUCCAGUGCCGCUACUGUUGCUCCCCCUACUCCAAGCCCACAGCCCCUCUCUGUGGUGCAAACUGUACCUGCACUACAGCAAGUCCUGGGCACUAACCAAAUGCAGAUCCCUCCAUUUCAGACAAUACAGACUCAACCGAGGUUCAUCCUGACUAACACAAAUGCUCCUGUCACAUCAGCUGUGGUCAGGAAUGCAGCGCCAAACUCACAGAAUUUGAGAAAAACCAGCUGGAUGAGAAGCCCUCGACCAAAACGACCGCGGAGAUCCAAAGCUGUCCUGCAGCAAAAAGCUGCCAAACCUUCGGGAGGAGCUCCAUCUAACCUGCUGGAGACUCUUUCUAACAGUGCUGCUGGUGCAAGUUCAACCACCAUAACUGCAAGCACUACCCUGUCCACUCCCACCCCUCCAAUUACAGUUUCAUCUGUGUCCUCCUCUCUUUCAGCCCCCUCGGUAGCCAUGACAGACUCCAAAAACAUUAGCAUGUCCGAUGCGGCUGUUCCAUCUGUGUCCAGCACAUGGGGUGGUAACCCUACAAUUACAGCUCCAGAUAGGAAAUGCUCAGAUGCAGUUGGUGGGGAGCAGUUUGUCCUCUGCUUUCAGAAGCAGGGAGAGGAAGCUGGGGAGAAGGAGAGGUUACAGGCUGAGGGUGGAGGAGAGGAGUCCUAUGUGCUACAGUUUGGGGGAGAUGGACUUGGGGAUGGAAGGCAAGUGGGAAAGGAGGGAUCUUUCGUCCUGGAGAUACAGACGCAAGGAAAGGGGGAGACACAGGACAGAAAGGUCACAGAACAGGUGGUCUCAUUGGAUCUACUGCAAAAUUGGGAAGGAGUUGAUAAAGGAGAACAGGAGUCAGGCAUGUCAAGAGAGGGUGAUGGAGGAGGGGAAUCAUUUGUUCUUCACUUUCAAACAGAGGGAGAGAGAGGGGAAGAGGAUCCUCCAAACACUUUCUCGGCAGCUCAGAGAGAUGACCUGGGUCUUGACUGCCACCCUGCCCAAGCUUUGGUUCCAUGUGGCCAGCAGGAGGUGGUAUUUGAGCUUGGGAAUGAUGCGAAGAUGGUACCCCCAGGACCUGGGGAAAGGGUUCAGAUGAUUGCAUUAAUAGAAGGUGAAGGAAAUACCUCAGACACAGGGGGCACUUAUAAUAGGACUGGCAGGGCAGUUAGUGAAGGUGAGGGGUCUAUGGAGGGCAUAUUUCAGUUGGAGGGGGGAGAGGAAAUCGUUAUCAUUGAAGUCAGCACCAGCAGCUUAAGAGAAGCAGCCAUGGAAGGAGAGAGUGGUAUCCUGGAAAAGACAGAGGCAUGUGAAGAUGACGGAGAUAGAGGUACAGGGAUGGCUAUGGAGGAAGACAUAGGCUCCGAUGUGAAGUUACAGGCAGGGAUUGAUGAGAGCAGUGGAAUGAAAGAGAGCAUGCAGCAUGUCGUCCAGAGUGACACUCAAGCUUUCAGUUCUACUGCUGGUCCUGUUACUUCUACUUCUAACACCUCCUAAAGGAAGUUCUCACACAAUGCAAAGUAGCGAGUGUGUUUGUGUGUCUGUGUAUGAGGGUGUGUGCUUGUGUAUUUCCCUAAGGCAUUUGGACGCUUAUGAAGAAUUUAAUGAUGUUAACUCGGAGCAAAACCAUGGACUAAUAUUGCUUCAGAUAGAAAGCAAAAAAAUAAAUUAUUAAUGAAAUAGGAUCAAAUAAUUGCUCCACAGAAGAAAAAAGCAUGAACAAUGUUCGUGCAAAAAAGCUGUAAAUCAUGUGGUUAAUAAAAGGUGAAGAUGGAUAACACUCAAAUGACUGCAGACUGGAGCAAAUAAAAAUACAAAUUUGAGUGUGUAUUAAGAGAACAGUACGUUUUGUGAAUAUGAUACUGUCUAUAUUUUGCUUGGAUUAAGUAUCAUUGAUACUGAUAUAGAUAUGGUCAUGAAAAUAAACGAAGUUAUACAUAA